AUGAAGCGCUCACGUGAUGAAGCCAGCAAGGUCUUGGGCGAGCGGAUGUUGCAGGGCUGGACCAUGCUAGGGGUGAGCUGUCCUGUGGAAGAGUGCUACACGCCUCUUGUGUGUAACCGACAGAGUAACAAGAUGUUCUGUGUGAGGUGCAACCAGUACGUGCUUACGGAGGACGAGCUGAAGCAGCAGCAAGCAGAACAGAAGAACGCUGAAGAGGUUGCAGCAAUUGAAAAAGACCAAGCCGAGACCGAAGCGCGAGUCGAGAAAGAGCGGAGACGCUACGUUGAGCAACAGUUUCGCUUGGAAGAGCAAGCCAAACAGGCUGGAAGGAUGCAGGAACUCGACCACGCAAGCGAGGAGGCAGGGUGUGGGAUAGCACCGCGAGGAGCUGCCAAGCGCAAGAUUGAUAUGACAGCGGUCCAAAGUAGCUCCGAUAGCGAUGCGGACGUGAAUGCUGUUCGUCGACAGACACUCGCUGCGCUUUAUCAGAAAAUGGAGGCGUUGACGAACUCGCUCUCGCCCACCGACCAUAGUGAGCGUCUUGUCUCCGUUGCCAGAGCCGUUCGAGAGAUUGCUGAAGCGACACAGCUUUUGAAGCAAUAG